AAAGUAGUUUUGUAGUUGAGAAGACUUAUUUUCUACGAAACGCAUUUAAUGCAACAGAUUAAGGUAUCUAUUAAAGCAAAGUUUAUUCGUAAAUUGGCGAUAGUAAUCUCACAAUGAUCAGACCUGUAACUGCAAUUGUUUGUUUGUUUGUAAUUAUUUCAUUGGUAGCCAUAACAUUAUACUUCACUAUUCGUCAGCCGAGUGAUAAUGCAAUCAAUAAAGUCGUCGAUGAUCCAAAAGAAGAAAAAUUCAAAAAUAACGUAAAAUCAGCAUCAUCAUUACUUCGCAAUCUUCGGAGUGUAGAGUAUUGUCAACCCAUCGUUGAUGAAGCAAAUGAUCAUGAUUUUAUCAAUAAAUUAUUGAGACGUCUUAAAAUUGUGAAUUUACAAGAUGAUGGAUCAAUAGGAAAAUUAAGUAAUUUCGCUUGCAGUAUAUCACAUCACUAUGCAAAUACAAAUAAAAACGUAAAUUAUAAAGUUUGUCUUGAGAAAAUAAUUAAUUAUAUUUAUGAUGAAUUGUUUCAAGAUUUUAACCCACAGUACGUAAGCAUGAAUUAUUAUAAGUAUGCUGAAAAGUAUGCAAGAAUUUUUCUUUUAUACGGGUAUCAUUUGGAAAACGAUGGAACAGCCGGCCUCUAUGAAGAACAAUGUCAUCCCGUUAUCGUCAAAUUGUUGCCGAAAUUGAAUUAUAUUGUUGAUGCUAAUAGCUUUGAGGAUGUUGAUUUUCUUUGGAUUAAUACAACCCGCCUGUUAACUAAUUAUCUCUGCGAUAAAGACCAGUAUGAUAAAGAUGUAAAGAGUCCUGAAAUGACAACAUUUCGUAGUUCAGUUGAUUCAAAUGCAGCAAAAGAUUAUAGUGAUACGUUAUAUUUAGGUAAGGAGUACGACUUUUACUUUAGAUUGUAUAAGAUUAUAGUUGAAAGCUUAUAAUGAACAAAUUAUUCAUUAUUUUCAUGAUUAAUCAUUAAAUAAUUAAUCAUAUUCGAGUACGAUUUUUAAAAAGCUGAAUUACACGGAAAUAAAUUUACGGUAAUAAUUACAAUAUCCUAUGAAAUUGGUUUCCAUCUCUUAUGGUAACAAAUUUUUUCAAAAUAUCGAUCAUAAAAAUGGCACCUAUACAAAAAUUAUGAUAACCAUUCUUAUCUAUAAGAAUAGUUCCUACGAAAUUAUGGUAAUAAUUCCCAUAAAAUUUAGAAAAUUUUCAUAUUACAGGAAAAAUUACCAUAGUAAUAUGGCGACGAUUACUAUAAUAUUAUAGAAAUAUUUCAUAUAUAUUAUGGGUACAGUAUUAUGCUAGUUAUCAUGAUGUAUAUGGUCUACUCUUAUACGCAUCUAGGAACCGUUUCAAUGU